GGUGGCGGUAAAUGCACCUGAAGUUGGUUUGACAUCCGCCGUAAAGCAUCAUCAGAAGAAGAAGCGAGCCGCCGGCUUCCAUGCGAAAGUUUGCGUGCGUUCUCUAGGAAGUAUUAGAGUAUGGAGAGAGGAGUGAAGCGGCCCCGAGGAGGAGCAGGAGACGGCUGUGAGGCGGACUUCAGGCGCUGGGACGUGGCCGGGACCGUCUCUUAUCUGCGCCGAGAGGGACUCGAUCAGUGGGAGCAGAUCUUCAGAGAACAUGGCAUAACAGGGCCAGGCCUGCCAUUCCUCACCGAAGCGCAUUUGGAGAAGAUGGGUGUUUUCCCUUUGGGAUCACGCCUGCAAAUCCUCCACUGCCUUCAGAAACUCUGGCAAAUCUCCAGUGAGUCCAUGAAGGUCUUCAACGACCCCAUCCACGGCCACAUCGAGCUGCAUCCUCUGCUGGUGCGGUUCAUAGACACGCCUCAGUUUCAGAGGCUGCGGCACAUCAAGCAGCUGGGAGGGACUUACCUGGUCUUCCCCGGGGCUUCUCACAACCGCUUCGAGCACUCCAUCGGGGUGGGAUAUCUGGCCGGAUGUCUAGUCCAGGCUCUUCAUGAAAGACAGCCAGAGCUCCUCAUAACAAAGCAAGAUGCUCUGUGUGUGCAGAUUGCUGGCCUGUGUCAUGACUUGGGUCAUGGCCCCUUUUCUCAUAUGUUUGACGGCAUGUUCAUCCCUAAAGUUCGACCUGGUGAGAAAUGGAAGCACGAGAUGGCCUCGGUUCAGAUGUUUGACCACCUGGUGAAGGUCAACGGUCUGGAGGAGGUCAUGGUACACCACGGGGUGACUCUUCCCGAUGACCUGAUAUUCAUUAAGGAGCAGAUCGCCGGACCACUGGAAAACUCGGUCUUAAACCGUUCGUGGCAAUAUAAGGGCCGGCCGAUGGAGAAAUCCUUCCUGUACGAGAUCGUAGCAAACAAAAGAAACGGCAUUGACGUGGAUAAGUGGGAUUAUUUCGCCCGUGAUUGCUACCAUCUUGGCAUUCAGAACAACUUUGACUAUCAGCGCUUCCUCAGAUUUGCACGAGUGUGUGAAGUGAGAGGAAAGAAGCACAUCUGCACCAGAGACAAGGAAGUUGGCAAUCUCUAUGACAUGUUCCACACUCGUAACUGCCUCCAUCGCCGGGCGUAUCAGCACAAAGUGGGCAACAUCAUCGAGACCAUGAUUACGGAGGCUUUCGUAAAAGCUGAUCCUCAUAUUCAGAUCCAGGGCUCUGCUGGGAGGAUCUUCAGCAUCUCUUCAGCUAUAGAAGACAUGGAGGCCUACACCAAACUCACAGACCACAUCUUUGAGCUGAUUCUGUACUCGUCUGCGCCGGAGCUGUCUGAGGCACGAGCCAUCCUAAACAACAUCGUCUGCAGACGACUGUACAAGUGUGUGGGUCAGACCACAGCCGAGACGCUCGUGGACGCCUCACAGGAGAAGCUGCUUGACUGGGCAAAGGAAGUCGCUGGUUCAAAGCCCAGUGGCACAGAUGCCAACCUGACUGCGGAGGACUUUGUAGUUAGUGUCAUUCACAUGGAUUAUGGAAUGAAAGAGAAAAACCCCAUCAACAAUGUUCACUUUUACUGCAAGAAAGAUCCCACCAAAGCCAUCAAGAUCCGCAAAAAACAGGUGUCCAAACUGCUGCCAGAGUGCUUCGCUGAGCAGCUGAUCAGGGUUUACUGUAAGAAGUCAGAUGACAAGAGCUUAGAAGCUGCUAAGAAGUAUUUUGUCCAGUGGUGCAUGGACAGGAACUUCACCAAACCUCAGGAUGGAGAUAUAAUUGCUCCAGAGCUAACCCCGCUCAAACAUGACUGGCACACGCUGGAGCAAGACGACGAGGACAGUGAGCUAGAUGACAAUGCCGCACACAAUCAUCUUGGAAUGAGAGAUGAAACGCCCAGGAAGACUGGACGUAAUGUGAAAGUCAACCUCUUUCAAGCUCAGGGAGAAAGCAGACUCUGAAUCACUGGCCCUGGGAUCUCUGCCCUGUGUUUCUCUCAUUGAGAAUAUUUGGGUGCUCAUUCUCUCUCAAGUGUUUUUGAGCUUCAUUUAAACUGGUUUGCCUUUUGGUUUUAUUUUCACCUUUAAUAUCAUGUUCAUUGCCAGGGUUUUAAUGCUACUUGCACCUCUGACGCUUUAUUUUACAUCAAUCCAGAAUGAGUGUCUCUCUCCACCAUCCAUUAUGUUUUGAUGCAGAGGGAAAUGUUAAAUGCGUUUGGGCAUUCUUUUGUUGUUUUUUAUUUAUUUAAAACUUUUUAUCAGGGACUUGCUGUUACUUUUUUCCUUCUGUUAAUCGGCCCUCUACUCACUCGCAGUGUGUAAAAACUCAUGUUAUGAUGAGUCUCAAAUGUGAUGACAUCUAUAUUUGAGUAAACUAUUUUUUAGACUUCAGGUGUUUUGUGUUUACAGUAAUGGGGGUAUGAUUUGUUUUGUUUUUUGGAUCUUGUGUCAGAUGUUCUCAUCUUCUCAUCAGUACAGGCUUUUGCUGUGAACCGAUAUGCUUGCUUACUGAUUUCAGGCUGUACUGAUAUAUUACAAUUGUCACAGCACAAUCACAUCAAGUCUGUUGUACAGAAAAAGGUUAACUCAUGGCACAUUGUGCAUGUCAUGCUGAAAGAUGUAGUGCUGAAUCAAUGCAAACUCUAUCUAUCUCUAAAUUCAGAGCAUGCAAAUAAAAAUCCAGUCAUGCCAUUCAUUCUUUUAAUGUGCCUGAUAGUGGACAUGAAGUACAGACCCACUA